AUGUAAUUCAUUAAUCUUAAGUCUUUAGAAUUGGAAGAGAGCAAAACAAUUGAAGGAGUUUCUGUUGGUUUAGAGGGAAAUAGUUUGUAUUCUUGGAAUAUUAGCUUUGCAGGUCCUUCGGAUACUUUAUAUGAAGGCGGAUAUUUUUAAGCCCUUAUGAAAUUUCCAGAAGAUUAUCCCAAUUCCCCACCAACUUUUAGAUUUUAAACAGAAAUGUGGCAUCCAAAUAUCUAUACUGAUGGAAGAGUUUGCAUUUCAAUUUUACAUGCAUAAGACGAAUUAAAUGAUUAAGAACCCCCAGAAACAAGAUGGAGACCAAUUCUAACACCAGAAGAUGUUUUAAUAUCUAUAGUUUCAAUGUUGUCUGAGCCUAAUAUCAAUUCACCUGCAAAUGUUGAUGCUGGAAUUCAAUUCAGAGAUAAACCUGAUGAAUAUAAGAAAAAAGUGAGAAAAUUGAUUGAUAAAGCAUUAGAAAAUUUAUGA